AUGACUGUUGCAUUGCUUGCAAGGAACAAGAUACAAUUUGUGAAUCGAAAACUCAGUCAACCUGAUGAAGAUUAUGAAGACUAUGAUGCCUGGAAUCGAUGCAACUGCCUUGUUGUCUCGUGGUUACUUCACUCAAUUUCACAAGAAAUCUGUGAAAGUAUCAUGUAUAUGGAUGUUGCAGCUGACAUUUGGGAUGAUCUUCAAGAAAGGUUCAGACAGAGGAACGCUCCAAGGAUUUUCCAAGCUAAAAGAUCGAUGCAGCUGCUGAAUCAAGGUGCUAUGGAUGUUACUACCUAUUUCACUCGAAGAAAAGCCCUAUGGGACUUAAUUCAAGAAUAUAGACCACUGCCUCCUUGUCAAUGUGGUGCUAUGAAGAUCAUACAAGGAUAUCAAGAGGAAGACAAAGUUCUUGAGAUUUUGAUAGGAUUAAAUGAGUCCAACAGCAAUGUAAGAUCUCGGAUUCUAAUGCAAGAACCACCUUCUGUGAUCAACAGAGCUUAUGCUUCUGUUAUACAAGAAGAAAGACAAAGAGAGAUUUGUUUUACCAAUGCUGAAACCAGCAAAGAUACUAAUACUCCUACUGCUGGAAGUUCGAAUGACUAG